AUGGCAUCAUCUAGCUGUACAGGAAGAAGACGGCGUUCGAAAGAUGACGAAGAAGAAGUACUGACAGAUAUAGCCAUUGCACUCUGCAGUGUCGCCACAUUAGAAACAACUGGACGUCAACUACAACAUACAUCCAUAUCAACUGGUCAUGAGUACAUGUUGGAAGUACUCAAUGGUCAUGCUGACCGGAUCUUUGACAAGUGCCACAUGGACAAAGUCUGUUUUACAUACUUAUGUGACAUUUUGGCACAGCAAGACAAAUUGCGACCAACCAAGAAGACGAGUUUGGAAGAACAAGUUAUGAUAUUUCUAACAAGCGUUGGUAAAAACGAGACAAUCAGAAUGAUGAUGGAGGAUUUCCAACAUUCGAGUGAGACGAUCUCCAGAUAUGUUAGCGCAGUUUGCAAGGACUGUAUUGGAGCCAUUGAUAGCACACAUGUAUACGCUUUAGUUCCACAUGAAUUUGGUGAUAGGUACCGGAAUCGCAAAGGAACGUUAUCACAGAAUGUAAUGGCUGUAUGUGACUUUAGGAUGAUGUUCACUUAUGUCACUACUGGAUGA